GUCCGUCGGCUCGGAGCAGGCCGAAGCGGUCGUUGCAGACGGCCUUCGGACGGCGAAGGUCCCAGUCGCGUCGGCGUGCGUCGCUCGCUCUAAAGGCCCGCCACCUUCGAACGCUGGAGUGGCAGUUCGCAUACCACGCCACGCCGCCAACUUUAGCAUUUCGCACGUCUUCCUGACUCUUCCCAAGGACACCGCUUUCCGUGACGACUUUUUACCUUUGUGCGCGUGACGUUCGCGGUUGUUUGAAAGUUGUGUGUGUCGUGCUGUUUGUUACCUUGUCAAGGUGUUUGUCCGUCGACCCUUCCCACCCGAUUCACGUAGUGUGAGCGAACGGUUUCCGCGCUCACCUUCCUCCAGCACUUCACCAACCCCUUCCUUCCCCUAUUGGAUUUCGCUGGUGCACCGUCUGAACUUUCCUGCGAAGAAAAAAAAAAGUGAUUGUCAGAGGCGAUCUUCGUUUGUGCAAGUUCCUGAUUGUCAGGACCGCCGAAAGACAGCUUGCUUCAACUGGGACAGAAGAGGAACGCGGCAUCACAAGAGCCAGACACCUACAAGGAUGACUCCUCGAAAGAGGAGUGGUCAUCGACUGCGCUCGGACAGCUAGGCUUGCUAUCUGGACAGCCACUUGUUCCAGAUUCGUUAAUUCUCGGACUGAUCUUCUGAAGCAAGCUUUCGGCACUCUAGAACCAAUGAGGCGGCUACGCAACCUUGCUGAUUUUCGAGACUUCGCUUACGACUAAAGAUGAAGCCAAGAUGACCUUGGGGGCGACUGGAGCCUCCAUUGCUGGCGAGAAAGUACUGUUUCGGCGGUAGCAGACAAGUUCUGUCCACAUCUCCGGCCAUGCCAGGGUGCCUGGGUGCCGUGCAGCCACGGCUUCGGUUUCUGCGUCUGCUAUUCCUGGCCUCUUGGACGUGGACGGCAGCGCAUGCCAUGUGCCCGUCGCGGUGCAUCUGCGAUGACGAGAACCUCCGAGUAGUGUGUGACUCGGCUUACCUGGAAGUGGUGCCCAUCACGCUCAACCCGAACUUACGUGAGCUGAGCCUCGUGAAUAACCACAUCAAAAGUGGCGUGUCUUCGUUUAGCGUCUAUGGAAACCUGCGCUACCUGGACGUCUCUCACAACCAGUUGGUGUCGCUGGGCAAGGAGAACUUCCAUUCGCACAAACACCUCGUCGUGCUCGUCUUAGCGAGGAACAUGAUCUCGCAGCUCGACAACACGACGUUCAAGGGGCUCGACGAGUUGCAGACGCUGCUUCUGAACGAAAACUACAUAGACAGCAUUCCGGCCGGCGUAUUCGCACCACUUAAGAAGCUGGAGAAGCUGGACCUGUCGCAGAACCGCCUGGUCAGGGUCACCGAGCAGGCGUUCCAGGGACUGACCAAGUUGAAGACCCUAUUGCUGCGAGACAACAAGUUCGUGACGAUACCGAGCCAGGCGUUCGCGCCGUUAUCGUUUUUGCUGAACCUGGAUCUCGGUCUCAACAUGUUCUCUAACAUUCCGGAGGAAGCCUUCGUGGCACUGAAGCAGCUCGAAGAACUGUCCUUAGACGGUUGCGGCGUCAAGACGGUACAGAACGGCGCGUUUCGACAGCUCUCCGCAUUGCGCCAGCUGAAGCUGCACGACAACGAGCUCGAAGAAGUGCCCACAGCGACAUUCCAGGAUAUAACGCGGUUGGAAGUUCUCAACCUGGGACAGAACAAGUUCCCAAGACUUCGACCGCGGGCCUUCGAGUACCUCAAGUACUUGAGAACUCUGGAAGUGAGCGGCUCUGCCGCUCUUCGUUGCAUCGACCGAGGUGCUUUCGCGGAGAACACGGACCUCGAAAUCAUCCGAAUGACGCACAAUAUAAACUUCCGGUGCAUAGAGCCCGGAGCGUUCGAUGGCCUGGCUGGUCUGAAGCAUUUGGUUCUUCGAGGCAACGGCUUCACGACUUUCGACGAGUCGCUUCUCGAGUGGUACGAGCUCCAGGAGCUCGACCUCAGGGACAAUCCUCUGGUCUGCAAUUGCACCGUACUGUGGCUGUGGCACAUGUGCAGCGCCCGCAACGCGACAAGUUCACCGCUGUCUCCGGAAACGUCGCUGGUCCGCUGCGGUGGCGGGCCACCAGCGCUCAAGGACAAGUUACUGAGAGACAUCGGUUCGGCGGACUUGGGCUGCUACGACGCCGUGCUUCGGCGCCAGAUCAUCAUCGGAGUCGUAGCUGCGGCUGCGAUAUUGUUCGCACUCAUCGUGGCCCUCGGUUUCCGGUUUAGGGAGCGCGUCGCCGGCGUCCUCAAGAACAAGUGGGGAAGCGGAACCAAGGAGCCGCAGUACCACAAGACGCACGGCGAAGACGACAACAGCAUGUGUCAAGUGGCUCACCAGCCUUUGAAGUUGAUACCCGUGACGGAACUGUGAUAAACGCCUUGACGCUGUGGUGCAAUGCGCGUGGAAAGUGCCCUGCGUGGGGAUUCCUGAAGCCCAGAAAAUGUUUUACUUAAGAAGAAAAGAAAAAAGAAGAAUAUGAGUGUUCAGUCCUGACUCUUGCGGCCAACGUCAUCUCGACGCCUCCCUUUGGCCAUGUGGAAUUCUUUAUCCUAAGUGAAAAGGAUUUUAUUUGUGAGCUCACAAUUGGGCAUCUACACCUCGCCGCCCCCAAGGAUAACUCUAAGGCGUGCAUCUUGGCGCAUUUGCUGUUUUAUCUUAUGGGUUUCGUUAGCACAUCGCCUAGGCUUCUCGUCUCCUUGCUCCUUACCGAGGGCAAUUGUCUGUCCGUGCGCGUCUCCUGUCGAAGAGCAACAACUACUGCCACAGCGUCGUCUCAAAUAAACAGCGCCGAUGAAACACGACAAAAUCUUCUAGAAGCGAAUCCGAGAGGGAAAGAUGCGAAGAAAAGACUUCGAAGAAGUUGGCGAAAUGUGUGUGUGAUUUUCCGAGCAGAACGAUGGCCACCGCGAGUGCGAAGUGUUCGUUUCCGAAGUUUGUAUGACCGAGCCGAACUGUGCUUUUCAUCACAGAACUUGAAAUGUCGUGGCGUGGCCGUAUAGGACUUUUUGCCAGCACUCGGGCAUUGUGCUGGAAGUGACAUUUCGGAACCCAGCUUUAUCCCAGCACGCCCCCGUUUCCUUAUAACAAGAUCACAAUGUGUAGCAUCUCCUUCACUUUCCAAUGGACGAACGCCUGCUAUGCUGUUGCCGUAUGUCAGGACGUUCCUACGAAGGCGCAGGCGCGUCGCCGAGCAGCUAGCGGUGUAGAUGAACCAUAGCUUUUUAAUAUCUCGGGAUUGGAAAGCACUCUCGCGUCCUUCCUUUGUACAUAGCACGGAGCCCAAGAAAUGUGUGGCUGCUCGUUCUUUCCUUUCCUUUAUCUGGCGGCGGCAAUGAUGAUUUCUCUCUCUUUCUCUCUUCACUUCUCAUCUCUCUGUAUUCCUGCAUUUCCUGAGUGAUCACCACACGCCCCCGAGCAGUGUCUGGUUCCUUCUGUACAGAUGUUUACUUGUGUUUGUGCUCGACCACCAUUCUUCUGGAAGUGUGUCGUCUUGUUGAAAUGUCCGCCUAUGAUCGCUUCAGCUCCUGCGGGCAGACACCGAUUCGUCGUACCAGAUAUCAAAAGGCACGCACAAACAAAUGGCAAGACAAUAAUGACAGACCAUGCGCGUUGAAUGUACUAUACCCUAUCAGUACGGACGCUCCUCGUGACAUGCUUUGAGAGUGACGAUACGCAGUACUGCGCGAUCUUGAGUACGCCUUAUCGGCGUGCCAAAUUAAGAAAUCUAAAUACGUUAUGAUUACGUCACCGUGCUGGGAGAACUAUAGGUAGAAAGAAGUGAUAGCGGGAAUGGUGGUCUCCGACGAGUGAAGAGCUGUGCUUUUCACUUUUUUCAUUUCCACGUGAAAGACAAAAUACGAUAAAAUACCGGGGAUUGUAGUCACUGAAAAGCUAUUACGUUAGCGUUGUUCGUACCUAAGAGAAAUAUCCAGCCAGUGCUCACGAAGGCAGCCAAGCUAUGGCAAAAAACUUGUAAGAACGAGAACCUUUGAGAAGUCGGCCUUUGUUGUGUUGCAAGGUGAAACCAGCACCGCUGCAUCCUCGCUGGAAUAGUCUCUGUCUGCGAAUUAGGGGGAAGAAAUGUCUUGGCAUCGGGGAUCUACAAAGACAUUAGUCACUUUCUACCAGCACUGACUAGUAUGUCCUUAGUUCGAAGUUCUGUGCUCCCAUAACAAUCGGUUUAGGAGUGCCUCAGAGUUCAGUACUUGGCGACAUGAAACUUGUUCGCUGCAACGCGGAGUUGCAGCAAACGAAGUUCAUAUUGCAGGUAAUGAGCUUGGCGGCAGUCGCACGGAAAAGGCUUCAUCAUCGUUUCCUAUAUCUGUUCUGUCCUCUUUCCCGUGCUAGCGAUCUCGCUUCUUUUAAGUGAAAAGGGAAUCUAGUAUACAUAGGGUUGUGGUGAACCGCCACGAUGUGGCCGGCUGUGAAUAACUCGAUGAGUGAAGAAUAUAGGUAAAGUACCGUUUUUUUUUCUUUUGUAAUUUAUUUUUAAAAUGAUUUUAGCCGGUUGGAGGAGCUUACGCGAUUUCGUUCCUCCCCCGAUGGUACACAGGGCAUUCCGUUUCCGUUGUUUUUUCUCGUGUAGUGUUUGCGAAGUGUUUGUAAAAAAAAAGCAAGCAAACAAACAAAAAGGAAAGCUCUCUCCUUCUAACGUCCCAGUUUGAAAGUUGACCCCAACUUUGUUCGCGAGGUCUAAAGAAAGGCUUAACGACUUCAGUGACGCUGCAUAAAAACUCUCCGCUAAAGUGGACGCUGGCGCAGGUAUUAAAGAAGAGGGCAGAGGCGGUGAUUAUUCCGCCAUAAUACUCCUCCAGACGAGAGCUCUCGCUCGCUGAUAUUUCUUCUUUUAUGUAUAUCGUGCUAAUGUAGCGCGGACAAAGCCUUUAAAAGUUUGGUCUGCUAACGCAUGAAACAUUCAUGGAAUUGCUCAAAGUAGUGCGCGCCUUCUUUUUUUUUUUAAAAAUUCUUUAACCCAGAUUUUAUGCUUGAUGAGGUCAUGAACGUCGCUUCAAGCUUAAUUUUAUUUUUUUUUUCCUCCUCCAAGCUCGUUGCGAAAAGAGCUCGCCGCGAAAAUUAAAGUGUAUGGCUGGCGCCAGUGGAUCGCGAAACUCGGUCAACGGUGGUGUGAGAAAACAAAUCCGAGACUUUGCGCGAAAAGCUUGAUUUAUGCGACCUAAUGACCAGUUGCGUGUUUUGCCUUGAAGCCGCCAUUGCCUAAUGGAGUAGCUGAGUGCAAAGUGAGGUAACCCAAUGACCACCAUUCUUUUAUUCCCCCUUGCUCUUUCCACUUGCAGCAAUCUUUUGUGCGAGUUGGUUCCGGUAUACAAAAGAAACUCAAGAAAAAAAAAAGUUAAAGUGGGACGUCUGAUGUUAUCUUCAGAUAUUUCUCUUUCUGCCAAGGACUCUCUUACAUGCGAGCAGUCGCAGCUUUCUUCUAUUUCUUUAAUUAACAGCAAGCUACUCACUUUAGAGCGUUUGGAGGCGCAUGAAUGAAGAAAGCAGGCCGGUGUCGUAUGCUUUUUUUUCUUUUUUUUUUGCGCCGUUGGCUAGUCUGUGACGUUUUGCGUUUAGUGAUGAUUCCGCAUGUCAGGAAAAGAAUGCAGUGAUUUGCUCAUAGGUGAAUAAAAGUACGUACUUGCCUCCGUUCACUCACUAUUGAAAUGAACUACUUGAAUGUUCAAUCAAAGAACUCAACACACUGUCUACCUGCCGCGCAAGCGACGUGUUGGAUCCAUACUACAAUGUUCUGGCGUUGAAAGACUUUUGAAUGUUGUCGUAUGUGUUUGUUUUCUUUGUCACAAGAGUGUUUUCUCUGUAUGCAUAACAGCCAGGGUGCAAAAUGAAAAACAUGGUGGCGCCCUUGGAUGCAUGAAAAAAAAAAAGAAAAAACCGCCAGAACUUAUGGCAUAGCGACAGUCCAGGGCAGCAACAGAAAUGUGGCAUUUGCCCUCACACAAGUCUGCGGCAAAAGAAAGAUUUUCUCAAGAAUAUAGUGACAGCGAAGGGGCGAUUAGAUUCUGGACGAUGAGGCUUAAAGCAUGCGGACAGCUGCUGCAUAACUACUUCGCUUUAAUAAAAGUAAAAUGAGGGAACCGAUUCAUCGAUAGCUGAAUGUGAUUGCUUGAAUUUCUCUCUGGAGAUUCAUCGCAUACACAUGCUAAACAAGACAACACACUCUGAAAUGAGUUUACUUGCGUAGUAGCACACUCGCAUACAAAAAAAAAAAGAAAUAGGAAAAGUAAGCCAACAAGGAUUACUGUUUGCGAAUUGUAGCAGAAAGCGGUGGGUAGACGCAAAGGAAAGAAAAAGAAAGUGAAAUAACGAACCAUGUUCGUGGAAAGAAGCGUCAAAAGUAAAAUACAUAGGGUCCUCAGUUGCGUCUAGAAGUAGUCGCACAAUGUGGUUUCGAAUGUUUAUCGCGCGCUGUGAUAAGCAUACUUUUAUGUGCAGUCGCACCGCCAUUAUCUGAACUGCACAUUAUGAUGGCUCUGUGGAUAUGGCGCUCUUUUGAGGAGCACAAAGUCGCUUGUUCGAAUGCAACUUGCGGUGGCUGCGCUCUGAUAAGGGGAGAAUGAAAACGAAAUGUUAUUGUUUAGCGAACUAUGUGUGCUGCGCCCGACGGCGAAGUUUUAAUCAGGAUCACACCAGUUCAGCAUUCAUUAGAUCUCCAGAAUUGGUCUUGAGCGUCGUCAAACUUUUUUUUUAAUAAUCUCCGAACUUAGGGCCUUGCUGGAGUCCCGAAAUUCACUAUUACACGCUCUUUGCUUUGUGGUGUUUAUUUUCAUAGGCAGCUAAGGUAGCGCAUAUUGGCAGCUCUCUGCAACUGCUCUUCGGCAUUAAAAGUGAAUCCGCGGCUCCAAUUCCCAAGAGAGUUCAUCGGCGACUCAUUUUCACGUCUUUUGCCGCCCGGAAUGGCAUCAUUGAAACUUGCAGUACAAUAUGACUUUGCGAUGUCCUAUAGUGAUAUCAUGUACACAGGCUCUACAGCCUUAGGAGUGAAGCAUGAACGCGCAUGCGCGCCUCUUAUCAUGAAAUAAAAUAAAUUCUUUUGUGCUUCGAUUGGCGACGCGGACGCUGAAUAUUCUUCCGUCUGAUUUACGUGAUGAAGAGGGUAUGUGUUUUCCCCUCGAUUAACUAUCAGGCUCGCGUACCUUAAGACGAUGCGAAAUGAACUUCCAAGAGCAGACCUGUUUUUCAACCUUUUGCAAGCAGUCGUUUAUUUUUUGUCUAUGCUUAAUAAU